AAUCUGACUCAGAACGGGUGUGGUAGAUCACGUCCACCCUGGCAGAGGAAGUAAAAGCCCCUCUCCAGACGGUGCUGCUACAGAUAUACACACCUCAAGACAGCACAAGAACAGGACCUACUACAGUAUCACCACGACUCAACUCGCUCUACGUUCACGAUCAAGGCGAGGCAUGGACCCCAACGUAAAACUAUGGUCGGCGCUGCCUGCGGCGAAUAUCAGAGGCGCAGAGGAGGCGUUGGCUGCCGGGGCCAACGUAAAUCUACAGAAUUCCGAGGGCGACAGUCCCCUCCACGCCGCGGCCCUCAGGGGAGAAGCGCCCGUCGUCCGCCUCCUACUGACCCACGGAGCUCAAGUAAAUGCAGAUGAUGACGAGGGUUUCACACCGCUCAUGGUGGCAGCGCUUAACGGCCACACAACUGUCCUAAAGGAGCUGUUAGCUGGUGGGGCGAACCCGAACCAGACCAGACUAGACACCGGGGAGACGGCUCUGCACCUGGCCAUGAACAGUAACAGCCGACAGGUAGUCACUGCGCUGCUUGACGCCGGCGUUGAUGUUAAUGCUCAGACGAGUAAUGAUAAGUCCACACCGCUGCAUGUUGCUGCAGAGUUUGAUAAUCAGCGCCUGGCCAGGGUGCUAGUGGGCCACCCAGUGUGUGACAUUCUGAUGAAAAACAGCAGCGGCAAAACCGCUGCUCAAGUAGCCACAGACCACGAUCACCACCGCUUGGCAGAGUACCUGGUCAUGUGCAGCUCACCAAACAGCCCCGUUGACCAGAUGCUUGUGUCCGCCAUACUAGCACUGGAUGUUGACAAGGCGGCAGAGGCGGUGGCUGCCGGUGCCAAUGUCAACCUACAAGCUCCUGGAGGUAAUACUCCCCUCCACGCUGCCGCCCUCAGAGGGGAGGCGCCCAUCAUCCUCCUCCUACUGACCCAUGACGGUGAUGUAAACAAGGCCGACGAUGACGGUUUCACACCACUCAUGGUGGCUGCACUCAACGGUCGUCUGGACGCCGUGAAGGACUUGAUGGCUGGUGGGGCCAACCCCAAGUUGACCCGUUUAGACACCGGGGAGACGGCUCUGCACAUGGCUAUGAUCAGUAACAGCCGGGAGGUGGUCACUGCGCUGCUUGAUGCCGGCGCCGACGUCAAUGCUCAGACGAAAGACAAAUCCACACCGUUGCAUGUUGCUGCAGAGUUUAAUAAACAGCACCUAGCUGAGAAGCUAUUGAAGCACCCGACGUGUGAUGCAACCUUAGAGGACGUAAAUGGCCACACUGCCGCCCAGGUGGCCAGAAUGUUUCGCCAUGAUACACUGGCCUCCAUGCUGGGUGGUGCUGACGACGUGGACAGCUCUCUGACCGCGUCACCACUACAAGAAGCGGGAAUGACGGUGCAGGUGGUGUUUGGAAGACCUAUGCCGCCCGGAGAAAACGUGUAUAAGUGUACCACAAACCCCAAGGGCCACGUCCUCAUCCUCAACUACGAGUUCACUGGUACACAUAAUGAACGUCGUGGCUCUACUACCGACGUCAAAAACCUCAACAAUGUCUUUACACAAAUGGGCUACAGGGUGACGACUCACAAGGAUCUAAACAAACAAGAAUCAAUAAAAGCCCUCGAAGAGUUCCGCAACAACGAGGAGCUGGGUAAGGUGGACUCUGUGUUCGUCUGUGUCCUCUCCCACGGCGAGGACAAAGAAACCUUCUACACAGCUGACAAUAAGACACUUACAGUGAACGAGGUCCGUAACAUGUUCACCGACAACGAGUGUCCCAACCUGAAGGGCAAACCUAAAGUCUUCCUCAUGAACUUCUGCCGUGGGAAAAAGAAGGAGAAGGGCUGCAUCAUCGACAAAACACGUACAGAUUCUGUUAUGAUACCAAGAAGCCCCGAACACCACAGCGACUCCACAGAUUCAGUGAUGGAAGUCCCCAGAGAUAUGUUCACAUUCUACGCCACCGUCGAGGGGAUCAUGGCUCUUCGGAAUGUUUAUGAAGGGACUUUCUUCGUACAGGCGCUCUGUCAGAUACUCGCUGCGUACGCUCACAGAGACCACCUGUCGGAACUAGCCCUCAAAGUGAGGAAUCAUAUGGUGGACAGGAUGUGCGGCACCACACCGGACUGGGAGGAUUACUUCUUUAAGAAGUUUUACCUCAACCCCACGAGUCAAACAGGACGCUGAAGGCGGCAAUACCUCCCACCAGUGUACACAACCUCGGCUCUCCCUCCGUCACAACUUAUACUUGGUUUAGGUUCAUUAUACUGACUCUUUGAUUAUAGCUUUAGGUUCAUUAUACUGACUCUUUGAUCAUAGCUUUAGGUUCAUUAUACUGACUCGUUGAUCAUAGCUUUAGGUUCAUUAUACUGACUCGUUGAUUAUAGCUUUAGGUUCAUUAUACUGACUCUGAUUAUAGCUUUACUACAUAAUAUUUGCUUACUUCAUCAUAAAAGGGUUUUGAGUACUAGUUAUGGCUGUAAUGAUAUUUUGAAACAAGUGUGCAACUGUAUACGUACAUGUUUAAGAGUACAAUACAACCCUCUCUCUCUCUCUCUCUCUCUCUCUCUCUCUUUACUCAUGUGUUUGCCAUUGACGACACAUUAAUAAAAAGAGUUACAUGCAA